AGCAUGCCUGCACUCUGGAGUCAGCCCAGGAUGAAGUCUAUACCUGGAAGGAGACGCAAGAAGGUCCUACGAAGCAUACGACAUUGGGGGGAACUACUUGGGUGGAGGAACGUGUAGACUGCCCUCUGAAGUCUGCACAAGACGCAUGCUUCCUCUCACUCCUCUUGUCCAUCGAUCGACGGCUAUACAGCAUUCAAAGCCACUGUUGCUUCGUGGUUCCAACACGGCUUCGAAAAACAACUACCGCUACAGGAAUAUCGUCCUGUAUCUCAUAUCCUAUAUUAUAUCCUAUCUUAUAUCAUAUCCUAUAUCAAUAUCGGUAACGUCUAGUGCUCACGACAGCAUAUAGACAAGGCAAGUGUUGAGGAAAAUCCUGUUCCUUUCGUCUCAUUCCAAGUAACCACAUUCCUCUUUAUCCCUACACAGGUUUCGUCCGUGAAGAAUGCCAAUAACAAGUGCAUGGGAGCGACUCUGUUGUCCGCAACCAUUGUUACGUUUGGAUUCCUCCUCGCUGCCUACAGUUCAGCGCUGACAGUAAAAUCCAAACUGUUCCCGUCAAACUCAACAUUUCGGCCUGUGGUACGUGGCUAUGUCGUGGACACCAGUGCCUGCAGAAUCCCCGACUUUAGCCCUUUCGACCCUUCCGUAGCAAAGUAUUAUAACAGAGUCAAAUACUACAAGUGCUUCCACAGGCCUUCCUUCGUAGAACAAGAGAGGAAUAUUCUCUUACUCAACACCGACGUGCUUACCCAGUACUACAAUACCAGCCCUGAAACCCUCACUUGUUCCUACCGUUACGUUAAGAGGAACGAGUCCAGUAAAGCUGCAGACUUUACGGUGUAUUUUAGCGCCCCUCACAUCUUGCGCUUCGGGAGGCCGAUAAAGUUUGAGCAGAUCAAGGUGGAAUGCAAGCUAGAAGGUAACUCGACCUUUCACGACUUCUUCCUGAUCCCUAUGCUGAAGCAGAGAGUGGAGCGUCGCUGCAAUAAAAUCUCACCAAGAAAAACAGACGGAGUCAGCCGAAUGAACAUAAUCUUUCUCGGUGUCGACAGCGUCUCGAGGCUGAACUCUCUGCGCCACUUGGAGAUCACAAGAAACUACCUGUUCCGCAACUUUCAUACGAUCGAAUUAUUUGGGCUUACCAAAGUGGGCCCCAAUUCUUUUCCUAACCAACUCGCCAUGCUGUCCGGAAUGAACUAUGAUGAAGGAUGCAGGGCUUGCAAAAGGGAUGCCAUGGACAAUGAAAGCUUCCUCUGGGACACCUACUCUGGCAUGGGCUACAGGACAAUGUUCCUGGAAGAGGCGCCCGAGUGGGGACUGUUCACUUUCUUCUGUAGUGGCUUUCGCGGUGCUCCUACAGACUACUACCCACGACUGCUUAUGUUAGGAGUUUACAGCACGAGCCAUUCAGACUACUGCAUGCAUCAGCGCUUACGAACGGAGGCUUACCUGCAGUACACGUCAUCGCUGCUUACGGUACUCGCUGACCGGCCCUCUUUCAUUUACUCCUGGAUGUCCGACCUCACGCACGACUUCUUCAACUACGCCGGCUACGUCGAUCUCCCAUUUCGACGUACUUUCGAGACACUCACGAAGACCGGCGUGAUGAACAGGUCUCUGGUCGUCUUCGUCAGCGAUCACGGUUUGCGUUAUGGCGACUUCCGCCAGACCCUCAUGGGACGCUACGAGGACCGCCUGCCUCUGUGCAUUAUGAUGUUCCCGCCCGCGUUUCGCGAAAUGUACCCGGAAAUAAUGGAGAACCUCCGCGUCAACCAGCACAGGCUGACCACACCUUUCGACAUACAUGCCACCCUAGUGGAAUUGGCUCAGUUUCCGGGUUCCCGUUACCAGGCGGAGUACCGUACGAGGUACGGACUCAGUCUCCUGCAUGAAAUACCAGAAAAUCGAAGUUGCAACGACGCCUUUAUAGACGCGUACUAUUGUUGCUGCCACGAGCUAGAGGACGACAACACGACGGGAGCCGCGCAUUUAUUGAUGGCCCACUUUAUUGUAAAGACAGUGAACGAAUGGUUGAUGAAUGAGGCGCCAGGAAUGUGCAAGAUGCACGUUCUGAAAGAAAUAACCGACGUUCGCAAGAUCUCCGGCGCAGCCACAAAGAGUUCUUCGUAUUAUUGGAUUACGAUCGUCACUAGGCCUGGAGACGCCGUCCUCGAAGGUGCCGUGAGAGUUUUUCAAAAUGGCACAAUAUCCUUAGAAAAGCUAAGUCGGCUUAAUAUGUAUAGGUAUCAGUCGUCCUGUAUUGCAUCUUCGACGAUGGAGCGAUACUGUGUAUGUAGGUAGGGAGAACCUGGUUGCGCGUUUUCUUUACUUUCAUUUUCUUUCUUCCUUUUCUUUGUUGCGGACGGAUCUGUUGGAGGAAGCAGAUGCACGUUCUUGGAAUAAAACUGCCUAAAAAAUGAUA